AUUAGGUAACCAAAAACAAUAAACCCUAUAUAUAUACGGCAUAUAUCAAUUCAGUAUCAAAAUCACUAAGAGUCUCUCUCGUACAUAAACAUCAAUCCCAACAAAUCAUCUUUUAUUAAAGCCCACUGAGAAAAAUAAUACAAAACAAUGUACUCUUCAUCGUCGACUGUACCAAAACGCGUCACUUUGAUACAUGUCUUGGCCAUACAACUUCUCCUUAUAAACAGCGAAUUGUCCUUAAACACAACCAAUGCGUAUCUCAACCACAAAUGCUUGGUUAGUCAAGGAAAAUACAAGCCGGGAAGUAAGUACGAGCAACGUUUAAAAUUUAUCAUCAAAAGGUUCUAUUCGGUCAGUAACAAAGGUUACGAAGGGUUCGGCGAUUCUACUUUAUCCGCUAUCAUCCAGUGCCGCGGCGACUCCUACGGGCCCAAGUGCCACGACUGCUUUGCCACCGCCUUCGCUGCUCUUCGUAGGAGAUGUCCGUGGUACAAGGGGAGGAUAAUAUGGUAUGACCAAUGUCUUCUCUCGAUUGAUGCCAAAUAUUCUAUUGGGCAGAUCGAUUACAACAAUAAUUUUUGUAUGUCCAACGCUAAGAAGUUGGGAGGAGAUAAAUUCGCGUUUAUAAUAACUUGGAAUACUUUCAUGGACAAUCUAACGACUUUAGCUGUUGAUAAUAACACUAACAAGUUAACACCAUUCUACUCUGCGGGGAAGACGUGGUUUAAGGGUGAUAUGUUGUAUGGAAUGGUGCAGUGUACGAUAGACUUAAACCCAAAAGCUUGUUGGGAGUGUAUGGUAUUUAAUAGCAUACAUUUUCAACAUUGCUUGAAUGAUAAACGAGGAGCGAGAUUUAUGAGUAGGAGCUGUACUUUUAGGUUUGAGUUUUACCCUUUUCUUGCCAAGCAUGUCCAAAAUAUUUAAAGAGCUAAAUAAAUAUUUAACUUUUUGUUUGAAUU